UACAAACAUUUUUUUUUUUUUGUAUUUUUAGUCGGUUUAUGUAUUUAAAUCGCGAGUUUUUCUUAUUAUUGGUUAUAUAUAGUGUGGGGUGGGUGUAGUUACUCCCUCUGUCCGGCAGGUGGCGCUUUAACUCCUGUAUUCACUUUCCGGGGAAAAGCCUCUGGAAAGACGCGACGUCAUGCAGUUCAAAAUGGCGGCUGUGUGCUCCUGCGGCGGAGCCAGCUAAGCACUGAAUCCGCUUCAGUUCGGCCGCGAGCGAUGCGUUCCGCCCGGCGCGGCGCGAGGGGACUGUCCGAGCGCGUGCGGGAUCAAACGGCGGCAGUGGAGAGCGACGCGUGCGCGCGGCGUUGGCUCGUAAGAUGAGAUCCCGGUACCGAGCUCGCGACCGAUCAGAGCAGCAGCGGCGGAGUCCCGGGGUCAGCGGGCUUUCCUUCACCGUCCCACGGGCAGGGAGAUGGCAGUAGGCGGACAAUGGCGAGCCACACCUCCCCUCGCGCUCCCCGCGCUGUGAGCGGAUCAGGCUGUGUUCACGGAGCCGUUAACGGCCAGAGCCCGGGCUCGCUGGACGCCGGGGCGGACGUCAGCUUGGGGAUCUCACCAGACCGCGCAGAAGAUAGGGUCAGCCCGGGUUUGGUGGGCAACAGUUGGGGCACCAGCCCUGUUGAAGAAGAAGACUGUGGGGUUGGGGUGGUAAAUGGGUUCCCUGAGCCAUCAUUUUUAUCAUCGUCAUUGUCAAUCACAUCAUCUUCAUCACCAUCUUCAUCACCACCCAUUGUUGCAGCUGUGGAGGAUGGUCGCUUGACCCCUGCCACUGCUGGGAACAUGGACACAAUGGCCCCUCCAGACCAGGGUCCAGAGAACUGGGGGAUGGGGGAUGGGAAUGGUGAUGGUGACUGUGGUGUAGAGAUGGUCAUGGAAACCAAGGCAAGUGAGUGUGUCCAGCUUUCUCCAGCCCCAGCUCUUGUAUCUGCUGGUAAGCAUCAACUGAACCAGAUGAACUGUCCAUACACAGACACAAACACAGACAGAGGCUCUUCUUCAACUCAUCCAGAGCUGCCCAAAAAGGUGCCCAAUGGAAAUGUAGGACAUAUAGGCCCUGUUGCGUUUCACACACGCAGAACCUGCAUGGACCUAGAGAACGACCCACGGAUAUGCCCACCUGAAGGGUUCCUACACCCGAAUGCUGCUCUGGAAAAAGGGGUGAGAGUGGGCAACUGUGGCUUCCUGGUGGUGAACACCCGUUCCUUAUGGGAUGCACCCGUUGCACACCCAGGUCCACCAGAAACCACUCGUUCCUCGCCCGGUUCCUGUGAGAGUCCCGGUCAGGAGAGCGGCCAUGCCAGCCUGGAGGCAUCCGAUUCGAGCCAGCUGCAGGGCGCAAUCAGCUGCGACCCCGACCCAGGACUGGAUACCCUCUCAGAGCUCAGCGGGAAGCUGUCCAUGUCCCCCUUGGCAGAAAAUGCCCCAGAAGACUUUGGAGACACGGGCUUCUCUGCUAGGCCACAGUCCCUUAGGACUAACCCUGGGUACACAGUGUCGCUCAGCUGUGAUGCCACCCCUCUCAGCCCUGAGGAUGAUGCAGGGUUCUUCGGGGAUGAGGGCGGUGUGGACGGGUGUCUGAGCUCUGGGAAUACCUACGAGGUGACCCGUCGCCAGAGCGCCCCUGACGCAAUGCCAGAGGGCAUCUGUGGUGACCCUAACUCCUCGUCGGAUCAGAAAGUGGCCAAGAGGCAUGGGAUUGCCGAGUUCCUGACCAGAAGUCUGUUUUCCUGGAAGACCAAAGAGCACAAGCCUCCAGCUGCCCAGAGCAAUCCAGGCUGGAGACUGUUUGGGAAAAGCUCCCCGAAGGACAACUCUCCCAAGGACUCCAGUACUGUACCACAGGAGUGUGAGGUGGGGGCGGAGCCAGGGACAGAACCAAACCCCUUGGCACAGCCAAUGAGACGGAAGAAUCUAGAGUUUGAGCCUUCCUCCACCACUGCACUCAUCCUAGAGGACAGACCUGCGAAUUUGCCAGCAAAAUCUGAAGAAGAAGCUCAGAGACACAGACAGGAGUACAAUGAGAUGGUGGCAGGAGCCAAGAGGAGAGAAAUGAAGGAGGCUCAGCGUAAAAAGAGGCAGAUGAAGGAGAGAUACAGACAGGAGGAGAACAUCGCUCAUGCCAUGGUUAUCUGGAACACGGAGGUUCUGCCCAACUGGGAAAGCAUGAAAAACACCCGGCGGGUUCGAGAACUGUGGUGGCAGGGCCUACCCCCCAGCGUUCGUGGAAAGGUCUGGAGCCUCGCCAUUGGCAACGAGCUCAACAUAACUCCUGAACUGUAUGAGAUCUUCCUGUCUAGAGCCAAAGAGAAAUGGCGAAGUUUUAACGAGACAAGUUCGGUCAAUGAGAAUGAAGAUUGUGGUGCAUCGCUGGCAGACAGGGAGUCCAGUUUGGACCUGAUCAAGCUGGACAUCUUCAGGACCUUCCCCUCUCUCUACAUAUUCCAGAAGGGUGGACCCUACCACGACUUGCUGCACAGUGUUCUGGGAGCGUACACCUGUUAUAGACCAGAUGUAGGAUAUGUGCAGGGAAUGUCCUUCAUUGCUGCUGUCCUUAUUUUGAACCUUGAGGAGGCGGACGCCUUUAUUGCCUUUGCCAACCUCCUCAACAAACCCUGCCAAAUGGCCUUCUUCAGGGUGGACCACGAUCUGAUGCUGAAGUACUUUGCAGCGUUUGAGGUUUUCUUUGAGGAGAAUCUGCCCAAAUUAUUCCAGCACUUCCAGAACAACAGUCUAACUCCAGACUUUUACCUCAUAGACUGGAUCUUCACGCUGUACAGUAAGUCGCUGCCGUUGGACGUGGCCUGCCGCGUGUGGGACCUGUUUUGCCGGGACGGAGAAGAGGCAUUAUUCCGAACCGGCUUGGGAAUCCUUCGCCUGUAUCAGGAUGUACUCCUGCAAAUGGACUUCAUUCACAGCGCACAGUUCCUGUCCCGUCUCCCAGAAAACACUCCAGCACACACACUCUUCAACUGCAUUGCCAACACACACAUGAUCAGCAACAACCGGAGGUGGAACCAGGUGUUCUCUGCUCUGAUAAAAGAUGGACCUAAAGAGACUGAUAAAACAGCCAGUCCUGCGUUGAGAAGCUAAUGGCUAACAGCUGCCUUUGGACUGCAUACAAAGUCACUUUGUUUUUACAAUGGAUUAAAAUCCGAGGGGAGAUGGCCGUCGCCUGCCUUCAGCUUGUGCUCUGCAGUAUUAAGGAGGCAGACCACCGGUCGUUCUGUGGCAGCGAGACGCCUGAGUGAGGACAUGCUGAUCUGGACUGCUUGAAUGAACUCAGCUCAUGGUCCAUCUCUUUUGAAAAUAACUUUGUGUGUGUGUGUGUGUGGGUGUGUUUGAGUGAGAGUUGUGUGCGUCAGGUUCUCAUGUAAUGUGCCAGCCUUUUCAAUGUUGCUCUCAGUAAAACACUCACACACUUACAUAGACUCACAUUCCUGCACACACAAGCACAUCCACGCAGCCGCAGCUGUAGGGCUGCAUGAUUACGGUAGACUGUAACUGAGGUCAUUUUGACUGUUGUGAUUGUUAUUAAUUGAGUGCAAUACAUAGUCACCGCCCACUCCCAUGAUUCUUUUUUUUCCCCUUUAUUUCUUUUUCUUCUUUUUUUUUUUUUGCACUAAUCCCGGAAAAACACUCCAGUGCCAGCAAGAGGUUGAUAUGCCCUCUUGACACAGUCCACUAACAUAAUGAUGGGGAUUGAUUAGAGAUUGCUUUUCUCAACACAGUGUUUAUAACUACAAUUGCUUGAUUAAAGUGUGGCUGUCGUUGUACUAAAAGCAAUACGUUCAUUGUGGCCUUUGGCAGUAGACGAAUUGCAAAGGCCACCAUACAUGGUUAAUGGUGCAGCCCUACAUACAGUUGUGGUGGGAAGUCUACAUACACUCAUCUAUGGACAUGAAUGUCAUGGCAAUAUUGGGGGGUGGGUAUAUGAAAUCAACACACAAUUUUAUACAUAUAGCAUUAAAAAUAUUUAUACAGUGCACUCUACUUGGAUAUUUGACCUCUCUUCUAGGCAAAAAUAGAUUAAUAGAGUAGAGAUUAAAGAAAUGUGUUGGUUUCCUGGCACAGAACUUAUUUUAAACACAUUCCACAUAUACAUCUGAUAGAUCUGAGGUCAGGACUACCUGAGGGUCACUCAAAAGGUUAAUAUUAGCCUCUUUUGUCCAUUCCAGAUACAGAUACCUUUUAGACCUCCUUUUAUGUGUGUUUGGAGUUGCGCUGAAGAUUUCUGACAUAGCCCUCCUUUGAUGUUUUUACUAUCAACAUUGAAGAGCAGUAUACCAGUUUCACUGGCAGCAAAACCACCCCAAUGCAAAGCAUAAUGCUCCCAACACCAUGUUUAAGAGUUGGUACUGGGGGUGGGCAAUAUGGCCCUAAAGUAAUAUCACAAUAUUUUACGGUAUUUUGGAGAUAACCGUACUCUUGCCGAUAUGACAAAACACGAAAUAAAAAAUAUAUAUUUUAUCACUUGUAACUGAGAAGAAUUUGAGAAGAUUUGUAACAGAAGUCAAUGAUCCAGAAUGUCCUGAUACUAAUACUAAUACUAAUGCACUCCAAAUAUCUCCAUAUAUCCAGGACUGUAAAAUGAAUGAUUCUGGACAGAUAUAAUCUAUUGUUUCUAAUAGAUAUAUUAUGGAGAACAGUGUAAAUUUUUCUCUUGCUAAAAACAGCAAAAAGUAGUACCCUGAUGUGAUAAUUAGGGGUGGGUGAUAUGGCGACAUUAUUGUGUACGAUACAAUAUGGCACAUCCCUAGUUGGUAUAGCGUUUUGAAUUUUAACAUUUUAAACUUUAUCUUUACUUCUACAAACCUACCUCUAGUCAUAUCUGUGGCCAGAUAAACUCAAUCUCCUCUCAAGUCUCCUCUGAUAAUAAAACAUUCCUGCUGAAGGCUUAAAUGUAUCGGUGUUAAAGAUGUGGCUGAUUUCUCAACCAAAAAUCUUUGUUGUAAAUCUUGUUUGAUUGUGCAGACAGUGACACUGGUGUACCAACUGCUUCCAUUUUGUGGUAGGCCUGGUCUUUCAUCUAGAUUUGGUGACCUCAAAACCUAAGCCCUAUUUGAAAGGGAUUAGUUUCUCAGGGGGGUUGUGGGGUGAUUUUCUCUUUUAUAGGGGGUCCUCUGUGAUUUUAUUCCUGUCCAGAAUGACCAUGUAUGUGUCUCUUUUCUUAGACGUUCUUAAAUCUCUGAGUUUCGUCACCUCACGUUUAAUAAAAUAGCUAUUUGUCCAAUGCCACCCACUGUAAUUACACUUUGGGUGCACAUUUCUACAGAGAUCCACAUAAAAACAACAGCGAGUGGAGAUGGAGGAGCUACUGAACGCAAUGUCACUUGAACAAGAAAACCAAAAAACUCACUGGUCCUCCUGUUUUUUCAAUUGCAGUCUGGAUGCAAGAAUUUAUCACUGAGUAGAAGUGUGAAAUAUUUUUCACGGACGUCCCCCUGAUAAACUAAUCCCGUCCGGACAUGUUUAAAUCCAAUUUAAAUCCGAUCAUUCAAAAAAAAAAACAUUUCAGGAGGUGAUCUGAGAUGCAUCCGAACCACAAGUUUAUAACAGUGUAAAAACACCUUCACCUCUCUCCAAAACACAUUCCACACCCAAAGCUCCUACCAGUACAAUCAAAACUCGUCCUAGUACAACCAAAUCACAGAUAUUAAUUGCUAUGCCACAGGUGCAUUUGCAUAAUUCAUCCCACACAGUAAUCAGGUGUCAUUCCGACUAACCAGAGACGCAUUUGUCCACCAAGUGUAAAUGCAUGCAGCUAAAAUCUAAUCAGCAUAUCAAUUCAGAUACCUGUGACAUGAAGUGACCAUGUAUAAACAAGUGUAGAUCUAUGAAUAUCCUUCUACAUUCUUCAUUGAGCUCCUUGGACUUUCCCAUUGUACUGUGUGUGUGGGUCAAUCCAGCAAGUUCUGUCAAACACACAUUUUAUUUGGUCGCAAAGAAGCUGCCAGCUGUAGCCAAUCAUGAUCACUAACAAGAACUUUGGAGGCCUUGGUUUUGGCAAGUUCUGAGUAUCUGAGUGGGUUUGUGUAUAAUUUUGACAGUGUUGAUUUCAGAAACCUUUCCAAAAAAUAAAACCUGUGUACCAUCUGAA